AUGGCCGAUGCUGACUGGAAAUUGCGGGUCGGCAUAGACAUCGAUUUCAGCACGGACGAGGAUGAGGAUAGCGAUAGUGCAGAAACGGUCUGCAGCAAUACCGAAGGCGGUGGCGCCACGCAACCGUUCCGUAGUGAGGAAUUUACCGAUUCGACCGAGUCGCAGGACCUGGAGGAAGCAUUACACGCGUCGUCCAUCGACGAAGUGCUGAAUCAGUGGGCCGAUCAGUAUGGAAGUACACCCCCACGGACACGUAUAAAGAACAAAAAUCGUAGCAGCAAGCAAAGGAUGGAAGGAACAGUGAAAAUGCGUACCGGAGGUCGGUUGGCCAGACCGCGCACCGAUCGACGGAACACGGUCGAUUGUGCACUGCUAAACCAGAUGAUCAUGGAACCGGCUAACAGCGAGGAGAAGGUGCGCAGCGACAAACGCUCCACCCAGCUGCUUCGCGAAUCGGAACGUGAUAUAAAAAUGUCAGCCGCCGCAACGGGAAUCCCGCCGAUACGUUCAUCUGCCAACUAUGGUUCGCAGCUACCACCCGCGGCUGCACCAGUGCUGGAAGAGCGGGCCGAAAGUUUACCGCUCAUGCUACCGGGCAGCCUUGCCGGUACGGUAGCAGGGAAUGCUGGAGCAGCAGCAGCAGCAGCAGCAGCGGUACCCACGACACUGAUCGAAUCGUGCAAUCGGUUCAUGAGCGUAACAUCCCGCCCAGUCGGAUGUCGCAUAUCGGCACCACCUGUAGCGUACCGUGAUAUCUACUUCACCAACCAACUGUUUGAAGGCGCAGGAACGCGCACCGGGACGGAAAGUGUGAUACCGCAGAACAGGAUCAAUUUCCAUGCCACGUUUUCCGAUCUAAUUAAGCUGGGCAGUGCGGAUAAGGAGCGGGCGGCUCGGGCUGGUGUACUGUCGAACGAAGAACGCCUCUGGCAGACACACGUAAAUGAUCUGAUAUGGCUCGAGCUGCAAGCAUGGCACGCGGACCGUUCGAUCGAACAGCAGGAUCGUUUGUUGUGCCAGGCACGGCAAGAGAUCGGAGAUUUGUUGGACGAAAUUAUGGCCUUUCGCUUCCAACGGAAGCCAACCCGCGUACGGCGGACGGGAAGUGAAAUGAGCACCGCGACCACCGCCGACAGCGGUAUCGAGACGGCCACCACGACGGGUGGAAGCAGUAGCGACGGUGUUGGUGGUGUUGAUGGGGGGAAUCGAUUCUGUUUCGGAUGUCUCUCGAUGUACUGUAAGGAUUGUUUGGAGGUGCAGACGGCUGCGAUGAAGCAGGUGGAAGAUUUGCUGUUGCGUCUCGAAUCGAAAGAGUGCCUGUUUCCCUCGUCCCGUGCGAUGGGAAGUGCGUUUCCGGUGUACCAAAGCGAAGCGUUCGUCAAUCGUGUCAAAGCGAUGUGUUUGUGGUACAAUAUGACUCGCCAGCAUCGUAUGACGCUUCUGAUAUUGGGUAAACUGUUGGCCCGUUUGCAAGGUCCUUCCAAGAAGGAAUCAUCCAUACAGUGGCCCAUUAUGGAUCAGCAUACGGAGGGUUCCUCGUCGUCGUCGGUGCAGGACGAAAGUGGUAGCAGUGCGGAUAGUGGGGCAGCUUACAGUAGUGGCAACGGUGGUACUUCCCUAUCGGGUUCCGGUACGUUCAGUACCUGCUCGAAACGGGUCCAGUUUGCUGACAAUGGAUCGUGUGCGGGUGAUGUUAGCGCUUCGGAGAGCGUGAAUAGUGAUGAGACGGAUUUUUCCGAUCUGUCCUUCAAACGCCAGCGUUCCUUCCCGGGUGACACAGAGUACGGGCGGUAUAUGAACAAUUUAAACUUUUACAACGAACACACUUUGACGGAACUAUCGGCACAAUCGGCAUCAAGCAUGGGAAAUGCCUUAUAUCGCAAAUACAUCGAAAACGUCCUAAAGACACGUGGUUUAGGCAAAUCGCUCACGUUUCUGCAUCGUCUGCAUAAUGUCGUCCUACGAAAGGCACAGCUAACGCUGGAAAAGCCGGGUCGCCAGCAAGAGGAUGAUUUUCUGUUCGACGAGGAUGACGUACCGUGCAUUGAGCCUCCGCUCGAGCGAGAGCAGGAAAUCGAACUACGCCGGUACGGAGCCUGGAGCGAGGAAGCGAAGCUACUUAACCUACCAUCUUACGUGUCCGCCUUUCUGUUUCUGUCACUGAUUCCACUGGAGGUGAUACAUGAGUUUCUGAAGAUGCGUUUAGAAACGCGUCCGAAGCAACUGAAUCCACUAAGUCUCGAGCAACACAUUAAAGAGCUGAAGGAGGGGCUAACGCUCGCGAUGAUCCAUCGGGAACGGUUCCAGAAGCAUAUCAACACGGUGCUGUCCGAUCGUGAGCAGGAGCUUGAGAAGUAUAUGCACCAGAUGGAGCUGUUCGAUGAGACGGUACGGAACAUUUUCGAGCUUUAUCUGGAGCUAUGCGAACAGUGGAUACUGGACACCAUACCCGAGGGUCACCAGAAGGCAGUGUUGGAUGAGGAAUGGCGAUUUACGAAGCUUAUCAGUCCGAUGAUCCCACGGCAGCAUGGACCGGCGGCGAAACGAUUCUGCAGCAUCGUUGAGCGUGUGCUGGAGCGUACCGGGAGCGAGAUGAUGCGACAGUUGAAGGAACUGAUGGAGAAGAGUCUGCAGAUCGAUACGACGGCGGAUAAGAAGUGGCAGUUCUUUGCGCUUUGUCGCGAAACGCAGCGGAUGUUUACAUCGUCCCGGGAGAAAGCACUCAAAACGAUGGCAUUUGCAAAGACGCUGUUCCGUGAUCUGGAGCAUGCGGACUUUCAUCGGGACCAUUGUGAGGAAGAUUCCGAUUGUGAACUCACGCUAAACGGUGAUCUUGAGCUGGAGGAUGUGGUGCUAAGAAGUGGUAGCAUGCGACGUAGAUGUUCCUCAACGAAUAAUAGUGCCAACAAUAGUAGUAGUCCUGUCUGCUCGGAAGUUGUCGAAAGUUUGCAAAUGUUGAAGCGGAAUGCACUGCUGUUGCGACACAAGCUGGCGGCGGUGAUUGAAGAGCUGCAGCUACUGUGUUCCGACGAUACGUUAGAAGAGUUUGACGAGACGGAUCGAAUCGGUGCGUUGACGCGUGUGCGUGAGAUACUUCAUCAGGGGUACAAGUUUGGGUUCGAGUACCACAAGGAUGUGGCCCGGUUGUACGAGACGAAGUUGAAUAACUGCCGGGACGCUGAGUCCGAGCUGAUGCUGGCCAAAGCGAUCAUACAGUUUGCGAAGCUGUGGAUGAACUUUGUCAUGGAACGGUGUGAACGGGGUCGAGGUUUGCGUCCCCGGUGGGCUAACCAAGGGCUGGAGUUUCUGAUAGCUGCUUGUGAUCCACUCUGCACGAGCCAUCUGACCGAUGCAGAGUUUGAGGAUCUGAAGCUAAAGAUGGAUGCGUGCAUUUCACACGUGAUUGGCAACAUUCGCGAACCGGAACGCAUCCGUAAGUCACCCAGGUCUCGCAAAUCUUCGCCUUCUCCAUCGGCUGCAGCAGUAGCAGCAGCAACGGCAACGGCAACCGGUGCCGUAACAACGGGCCGGGCAUCGAUUCCGAUGAUUAACUUACCGAGCAAGAGUUUCCAAAAUCAGCUCAGCCUUAGGGAGGAUGGUGUGAUGCUUCGAGCCUCGAGCCCAAUCGAAGCCGCCGAUAUGUUCCGCAAGCAGACCUCGUGCGAUGGCAUCAGUGAGGUGAAGUUGCGCGUUCCUUCCACACCCAAUGCAGCGGCAAUGCUGGGUGGUGAGACGUGUGUCCAUGGAAUACGGCCCUUGAAACAGCUUAGGAUAAGGGAUGCAGUUAACAAGCUGGACUGUGAGCUGGACGAAUGGUUGAGGGAGCGAAAUCUAAUCGGUAAUGUGAAGGAAAUUAGCUACUACAGCCGAACGCUUAAUCGGGCCCGAAGCGUCAACUUUAGCUGGCACCGGGGCAUUAAGAUAGGCCAGGGACGGUUCGGGAAGGUGUACACGGCGGUAAACAACUCGACCGGUGAGCUGAUGGCGAUGAAGGAGAUCGCCAUCCAGCCGGGUGAGACGGCCGCGAUACGGAAGGUGGCGGAGGAGUUGAAAAUUUUCGAAGGCAUCAGCCACCAGCAUCUGGUGAAGUAUUAUGGAGUGGAAGUGCAUCGGGAGGAAUUGAUCAUUUUCAUGGAGCUGUGUCCGGAAGGUACGUUGGAGAGUUUGGUUGAGUUGAACGGUGGUUUGCCAGAGGCGCAAACCCGCCGCUACACCCACCAGCUACUGUCGGCCGUGGCAGAACUGCACCGGAACGGGGUGGUUCAUCGGGACAUAAAGACGGCCAACAUAUUUCUCCACAAGGAUGGUAACUAUUUGAAGCUGGGUGAUUUCGGAUCGGCUGUUAAGAUUCAGGCACACACCACGAUGGCCGGUGAGCUGAAAGGUUACGUUGGGACGCAGGCGUAUAUGGCACCGGAAGUAUUCACCCGUAACAACACGGAAGGCCAUGGAAGGGCGGCAGAUAUAUGGUCCAUUGGUUGCGUGGUCGUAGAAAUGUCAUCCGGGCUGCGACCAUGGCAUCAGUUCGAUUCCAACUUUCAAAUCAUGUUCAAAGUGGGCAUGGGUGAAUCGCCCGAAAUUCCGGACAAUCUCUCUGAGGAGGGUAAAGAUUUUGUCGGCAACUGUUUGCAGCAUGAUCCGAAGGAUCGGCAAAAGGCGGACGAGCUGUUGCAGCACAUCUUUUGCAAGUUUACAUUCUACGAUUCGGAGGCAAUCGACAAGAAGCUACGUGGGACAUUCCGGCGUAAUUUAAAAUCUAGCAGUUCGUAGACUUUUUUGU